GCAGAAUAAAGCAUUGCAUAUUUCAAUUACACAGCGACAAUAUUGAUUGACAAAAAGUAUUCAAGUACAUUUGCUUUGCAUAUAAUGGCAUUACGCUCUUCCGCAACAGAUAUAGAUAUUUGUAAUGGUGCUGCAACAAUGCACGUGAAUGGACGCAAUUAAAAGUACUCUUAUGACCACAAUGGGCAUAAAUUCUUAUAAUCUGAAGAAAAAAAGAGUAAGAUUCGCACACACCCAAACACACACCCAAGACUGCAAAACGAGAAAGACACAUUUGUCAUAUAUGUAUCUAAUGUGAUAAUCGUAUAACCCACAUUAUUCAUAUUGCCUUGUCAUUUGAUUUGUCAUAACAUCGUAUCGCAUUGUUUCUUGUCCAUCAUCUUGUUUGCACAUGUCUGUGUAUGUGAGAGAGUCCGCUUUGUCCAGUAUUAGACGCCAGAUGACGCUCUUGUCUAACGGUCUCGCCCUUUUUAGCCAAGACCCUUGCAUGAUUUCCAUACCGAGAAGUUAUCGGACACGUUUCCCUGUCUAUCAAUAACCUCCUGGGGAUCAAGCCAAUUUAUGACUGGCCAGGAGCUGCACGUGAUUCUAUUUAAACAUUCCAUAUUUGGGCAUUACACGUCGUAUCAAGAAAAAAAGAAAAUGAUUUCCUCCACCUAUAAAUCCUGCUCUUUUUUAGAACAAGCCUAACGUCCUCUAGAAAUACAAAUAAAGCCCAAUAAACAAAUACAACUUCUAAACAACUUAUGUAUACUUUAUUAGCUGAUUGCGUUUCUGUAGUGACCGAGUGUUUUUUGUGAGUCUCUUUAGGGCGAUAUUGUUUGGGAAAUAGCAUGAGCUCAUACGUUGGAAAGUCCUUUUCUAAGCAGACGCAAGACGCCUCCUCUUGUAGAAUGCACACUUUUGACAACUAUGGAGCUCACUCUGAGUUCCACGAGUCCAAUUACGCAUACGAAGGGCUUGAUCUCGGCGGAUCCUUCAGUUCUCAAAUCCCCUCCAACUCUUUGAGACGGGAGGCGAUAAACACAACCGACCGUGCAAGGAGCAGUGCAGCAGUUCAGCGAACACAGUCUUGUUCAGCUCAGGGCUCUCGUAGCUUUGUAAGCACUCACGGGUACAACCCCCUCAGUCACGGACUGUUGAGCCAAAAAGCCGAGGGGAAUAUGGAAGUUAUGGAGAAGCCCAGCGGCAAGAGCCGCACAGACGAUAUCAAAAUGGAGACUACUUCAGCGAUAAAGCAACAAACUAAUUCGACUCAGCGUCAGAACCAGUCGCAGCCGCAGAUAUAUCCGUGGAUGACAAAGCUACACAUGAGCCACGAAUCUGACGGUAAAAGGUCACGAACCAGUUACACCCGGUACCAGACUCUGGAGUUGGAGAAAGAGUUCCAUUUCAACCGAUACCUCACACGUCGCAGACGUAUCGAGAUUGCCAAUAACCUCUGCUUGAACGAGCGCCAAAUUAAAAUAUGGUUCCAGAACCGUCGCAUGAAGUGGAAGAAGGACUCAAAGUUGAAAGUAAAAGGAGGACUAUAAAUAAUGUGUUGCACGACUUCAAUUACAACAGCCUGAAAAUAAAGGCAGUGUUAACCUUGUAUUAAAACAACGAAUGAUUUAAAAUAGAUUUGGUUGUUAACAACUGUUGAUGUCUUUCAUUUGUUUACAAUAUUAUGUUGUUAUGUGAAUGUUCAUAUUUUCAAUAUUUAUUGAUAGUGUUCUGUCCCCAGUGCGGCAGAGGCUAAUUUGAAUAAUGUAUGAGCUUAAACUUAAUUUGAUUAUGCUUUACUAAACUCUCUUGUAUCAUCCUACAUAAUAUAUACCAAGGCCUGAAUACAGUUAAGUUGACAUAAAUGUACGUGCAAAAAUGUGGUGCUUUGCUUGAUCAUUCAUCAAUCUGUCCAUUGCAUUUUGAUGCUACUUGUCUUUAUUUUUCAUUGUAUUUUCUGCCUAAAUACAUCUAUAAUACCUACACAAGGAUGAUAAAUCCCAAAUCAAUGGUAUAAAUGCAAAAACUGUAGUGUCAUAUUAAACGUUGUGUAUUAUGUUGUCUGUCAGCCAGCAGCCAAUGUUUAAUAUUUUUCUCAACAUGAUUGUGUUUAUUGAAUUACUGUGCAAUCAGAACAUUUUGAUCCUUUAAAAAAUAGUUUCGUUUUUUUUUUUCAAGCGGGCUGUUGUUUUUACACACUUCACUCUUGAGUAGCCUAUAUUUAGGGCAUCCUGUAAGAACUGUAAGGAGUGGCUUAUUGAUACUUCCCAUACCAAACAUACACGACCUACUUUUGUACGAAACGCAUUUGUUCUGCGAUCCAUAUUUCCAUUAUUUCAACCAGUUCUUUUCGAGAUUUCGUAGAUAAGCCACAUCGAUAAUUUUCCUAUCAAUAAUGAAGUAUUUAACAAGAUUAAACUUCCAAUAAUGGCAACGUUUCAGAACGUUUUGUCAGCUGUGGGUUAAAAGCCAUCUGUCUCCAAUAAAAGUGAUAUCAUUGUUAAUAAACGAUUAAACGUAUGAUGAACACCCUUUUGUUAACAUUUUCCCUCUGUUAAGAAGCAGUCUUUUGCUGCACACAUGCAUUUCUUUUUACAUUCAAGGCCUAUUUGCCACGUGCAGGGUUAAGAAAAUGAAAAAAGCUUCGCCCGAAUUAAUAUGAUUAUGAUAAAUAUUCGUUAUUACAUCAAACUUAGCCUGCAUGUGUAUACUUCCAGUGAUGAGACAUGAUUGAACUUUAACGCUCUGGUCACUUAUUUACAGUAGCCCUUAAACGGAGGCACAUAAAACUUUAUGACCCCAAUAAACUUUUACAGCACUUCCUCUCACCCAUCAGACACUGACAACUGUUUCCCUUUUUAACAAAUCUGCGGAAGUUUACACAAACAUUUCAAAGUGACGUUUUGGUAUACAAACCCUUUAAAAACAAUAAGACAGUUUGCACUUUUAAUUAAAUAAUUUGUGUCACUAAUUACGAGUAUACGCACUAUAUUACGUCCUUAAAAUGCAUAUGCAUUAUGAUUCUAAAACAUUAUUAAUCGUCCUAGCGUGUAAGCUUAUAAUUAAAGAUCCUAUAUCAGUGAUUUGGUCGUACUACUACGUUAGAAAUUUGUCAUUAAGAUAAUGAGACGGGAUGUUAGCCACCAUGUGUGCAGAAAUCACGUAAUCCAGGCCCAUGUCAAACAAAGGGCAUAGGAGAGCUGCAUGCGUGUAUAAAAUGCUAAUUUCCUACUAUAGUUUGUUCUGACAUUCCGCUUUACUGUUUACUGAUUUAACACACAUAUAUAAAUAUAUAUAUAUAUAUACAUUUACAUCACGUUUUCGUGGCGUUCUCGGUGCAUUUAAAAUGUUGACGAAUAUUUAUAAAACCCGCAUUUCUUAAUAUUAUGGAUGCUACAAUUACACACACAUUAGCCUAAUCUAAAAAUAAAUCCAGUCAGCUAGUCAAUUUUUACUACUGAUCCAAAAAGUGCUUUCAUUUUAGAAUCGUCUCACUCACCUAUAUCGAAGGUUCAAUGUAAAUUUCCACGCUUCUUUCAAUUUCUACACUCGCAAUCUUGACCGAAGGGCCACAUUGCGAGUUACUGUGGUUAGUAUGUUGCUUUUUACACAAAGCCCUCUUUUUUAGCCCUCUUGCUACGUAUUUUGAAGUUUAGAGGGUUAUUUAUGCCAAUUGCCCAAAGCAGGACCAGUGAGUGGUGCAGGAAGAGCACGUGGGGUCAUUAAAGUGGGUUUUAUGGCCUGCAAGACCUGACAAACCCUCAAUAUAUUUACAUCAUAUAUAAUGUUAACUGUCUGUAAUCGCAGCUGUUGGCUACUCUUAUCUCUGAGAGAACGGCUUUGAGCCUGUUAGUGCGGGUUACUCGCGUCAGGGUCUGUAGAAGUUCGACUCUCCCAAAUGGAUCCCAGGCGGCUGCCGUAAGUUAAUAAUCUUGCUUUCCUCUUUUUUAAUUAAAUGUGUACUUUCCUUCGCAACACCCUCGGGAAUUAAUCAAAGAUGUAAUUCAAUAGUUCAUGGAGAAAUUGUGUCAAGUGGUGCGCAAAUCUGUUCUCGUCGGGUUCAGUUUUGAUCAAUUUGUAAGGUCCAGAAUGUACGCUUGUGCAUUUGUACAUAACUGUUAAUUUGGCACUCAUGUGGAAUUAUUGUCUGGCGGUAGAUACAAACUGAAUACUCUAUACCAUGAUUCUUAAGUACUCCAAAACAUCGAGCAUUUUGAUGUGUGAAGAGAUUUGCAUCAGAUCGUUUUUUGUAUGCACUGAAAUGUUUGCGUUCUUGUAUCACAGUAUGAAAUGUGCUUAGUUUGUGCCUAGGAUGUUUAUGUUGUGGAAAAAGUGAAGGUGACGGAGUGUGAGAAGCUAAGUGAUCUUGUAUUGGUUUGUAGAUGAGAGCGCAGAACAUAGAUCUUUAGAUCGGACAUAAUGUGGGGUCAUGUACAGGGCAAAGAAGAUGUGGUGUUGUAGUGGGGUCAUGUACAGGGCAGUGUGGAUGAUGAGGUAGUCACAUGAUGAACCAAACAAAAAAGCAUAGCUUAAAUUAUUCUGAAUUGUUCAAAGGCUCACGAGAAAGUUUAUUUUAUACAAAGCAUAUGACAUUUUUUGACCACUGUUAUUUGUCGGUUUUCAACACUGGAUUUGCAGUGGUCUUUAUAUGACAGAUGAGGCUUCACUUGACCAUUAUAAUCAUGGUAUGAAAAGUUUAAGCCAUAUCUUACUUUAUGAUGUUGUGCUUGGAAACAGAACAAGCAUGUUUAUCCACAAUGUUCUCUUUAAUCUGUGCACUGCCAUCGUCAUAUGCUAUGUUUCUGAUCUGUGGAGUUCAGUGAUGUAUUUUAUUUAUAUAUAAAAAAAAAGAGCCCAUGCUUUUUGAAUUUAGCAAAUUUAGGCCCUUUUGCAAAGGUCGUACAUAUGUUUAAAUAAAACUAUGAAAGAAAAAGAAACAGGAAUAGUUUAUGAUUUUUAAUGAAGGUCCAAAAUGUAGUAUUAAAGACAUAAGUGGAGCGUGUAAGGCUGGGGAAAGCCAGAGACCAUGGAAAUAACAGCAAAGAAAAAACUGCAUUGAAAACAUGUAACGGGUGUAAGACGGAAUAUGAAUGUAAUUUAGUGUUGAUAAUUAACAGAACACUUUAGUUAUUGCACUGAUGAGCGCUGUUUUUGACUGGAGUUGGCAGCAGCUCCGAAAACGAAACCAAAAGUGCUGGACAACGGACUUUUCUGAUUUGCUGGUAAAGGACAUAAGUAAUAAAAUGACAAAUGAGUAUUACGAGAAAAGUAUAAUAUUAUAUUAUUCUGGUUUAACUUGUUUCCAGCAUUAAAUAAAAUCUUAUUUGCAGUGGUGUGGGAAAAGUAAUAGGCCUACAUUACAAUCUAGUCACUUAAAAAGUAGCUAAAUGUGUUACUUUUUAAGGAAAGUAAUGUGAAAGUAUGUGUUAUUUAUUUAUUUAUGUGUU